AUGACGUUUUUUCGCAUUGUAUUUUGAAGUAUAUUUUAAUGUGAAAAAAAUUGAGAGAUUUGCAACAUGCAAACAGCCACGACACGCUAAAAACUCGCCGAGUGCCCCCAGUAGACAAAACAACCGAGAGGAUCACUCCGCCCAGCUGGCGGACAACACAGAAGGCAGCAGCGAAAGUUGCGUGGCUGUCGUUUCCGGAAGCGAAGGGCAGAGGAGAAUCCGGAGGAGGAGGCUUAGAAAACCACCCAGCGGAGGCGACCUUGGGAGUGGCAGCGGCCCAAUAUGCACAACAACUCCACGAAGACCAAGGAAAUGUUCAUAGUGCGUGCUCUAGAGAAGAUCCUUGCCGACAAGGACAUAAGGCGCUCCCACCACUCGCAGCUAAAGAAAUCAUGUGACUCGGCUCUGGAGCAGAUCAAGGCGGAGCUAAUUAGCGCCGGCCAGAUAGCGGAGGGGAACGAGCUGCCAUGUGCCGCACUCCCGCUGCCUAAAAAUGAUGCAGCGAGCAUUAUCAAUGCAGAGACCUACUUUUUGCCCUUCGAGCUGGCAUGCAAGAGCCGCUCGCCAAGAAUUGUGGUCACUGCUUUGGACUGUUUGCAAAAGCUGAUUGCCUAUGGUCACUUGACGGGCUCAAUUCAGGACUCGGCCAACCCCGGUCACCUGCUCAUCGACCGCAUCGUGAUCACCAUCUACGGUUGCUUCAGCGGACCUCAGACCGAUGAGGGCGUCCAAUUGCAGAUCAUCAAGGCUCUUCUUACGGUGGUCACCUCGCAGCACGUGGAAAUCCACGAGUUUACGUUGCUCCAGGCCGUGCGCACCUGCUACGACAUCUAUCUGUCCAGCAAGAACCUGGUUAACCAAACCACAGCUCGGGCAACUCUUACCCAGAUGCUAAAUGUAAUAUUUGCUCGCAUGGAGAAUCAGGUGUACGAGCUACCACCUCCUAGUUCCAAUCCCAUAAACGGCAGCAUCCACUCGGAGGAUUGCAAUGGCUCUGGAGAAGAACCGCUGGGGGAUUCAGACGAAGUCAUUGCCUCUGAGCUUCUUGCAGAGAUCAUAUCAGCUGCCUACAACGAGGCUAUGAAGGAUCAAGAAACGGUCGGGGACCAAGAGCUAACAGUCAAUGGAAACGAUUAUUCCUCCCACUCGGAUCACGACAGUGUCGAGUUACACAGCGAGAAUGAUGCAGUGGUUACCGCCAAAUUCACCCACAUCUUGCAAAAAGAUGCAUUUCUCGUGUUCCGGGCGCUGUGCAAGCUAUCGAUGAAGCCCCUGCCGGAAGGUCAUCCGGAUCCAAAGUCGCAUGAGCUACGCUCUAAAGUGCUUUCGUUGCAUCUGCUUUUGCUCAUUCUUCAGAAUGCUGGGCCUGUCUUCCGUUCCAACGAGAUGUUUAUCAUGGCCAUUAAACAGUAUCUAUGCGUGGCCCUUUCCAACAACGGCGUGAGCCUGGUUCCGGAGGUCUUUGAACUGUCCCUCUCGAUCUUUGUGGCCUUACUGUCAAACUUCAAGGUGCAUCUGAAGCGCCAGAUCGAGGUCUUCUUCAAGGAGAUCUUCCUCAAUAUACUGGAGGCCAACUCGAGCAGCUUUGAGCACAAGUGGAUGGUAAUCCAGGCGUUGACACGGAUCUGCGCCGAUGCCCAGUCUGUGGUGGAUAUAUAUGUCAACUACGAUUGCGAUUUCUCGGCGGCAAAUCUUUUUGAGAGACUAGUCAACGAUCUGUCGAAAAUUGCUCAGGGUCGUCAGGCCCUCGAAUUGGGCGCCAAUCCAAUGCAAGAGAAAUCGAUGCGCAUACGCGGUCUAGAGUGCCUCGUAUCCAUUUUGAAGUGUAUGGUAGAGUGGAGCAAGGACUUGUAUGUGAACCCUAACAUGCCUGUUCCAGCUCUACAAGUGCAGUCUCCUACGACCACGGAUCAAGAUCAGGCCGACACGACCAUUCAAACUAUACACAGCGGCUCAAGCCAUAGCUUAAAUUCGAAUCAGGAGCAACUGCAAGAUCUUCCGGAGGCUUUAGAGGAGCGCAAGAUGCGCAAGGAAGUGAUGGAAACGGGCAUCGAGCUGUUCAACCGAAAACCACAGAAGGGAGUUCAAUUUUUGCAGGAAAAGCAGCUCUUGGGUGCCACAUGCCAGGACAUUGCCCGUUGGUUACACGAGGACGAACGACUGGACAAAACAGUUAUUGGAAAUUAUCUCGGCGAGAACGACGAUCACUCCAAGGAGGUGAUGUGUGCCUACAUUGAUGCUUUUGACUUCCGUCAACUGGAGGUGGUUGCCGCUUUGAGAAUUUUACUAGAAGAAUUCCGAUUGCCGGGCGAAGCACAGAAAAUCGAUCGACUGAUGGAGAAGUUCGCCAGCAGGUACUGUGAGUGCAAUCCGCAGAACCAGCUAUUCCAAAGCGCCGACACCGUAUACGUUCUGGCAUUCAGCAUAAUUAUGCUAACCACGGAUCUCCAUUCGCCGCAAGUCAAACAUAAGAUGACCAAGGAGCAGUAUAUCAAAAUGAAUCGUGGCAUCAGCGAUAGCAAGUCAGAUUUACCAGAGGAGUAUUUGUCCUCUAUAUACGACGAAAUUUCUGAGCACGAGAUCAAGAUGAAGAACAACUCCGGAAUGCUUCAACAGCCAAAACCUACUGGAAAGCAGGCCUUCAUCACGGAGAAACGGAGAAAGCUUUUGUGGAACAUGGAGAUGGAGGUAAUCUCGCUAACGGCCACCAAUCUUAUGCAGUCUGUUUCGCACGUUAAGUCGCCCUUCACCUCAGCGAAACAUCUUGAGCAUGUGCGUCCAAUGUUUAAAAUGGCUUGGACUCCGUUCCUGGCGGCCUUUUCGGUGGGUCUUCAAGAUUGCGACGAUCCGGAGAUAGCUACACUCUGCUUGGAUGGAAUCCGUUGCGCCAUUCGAAUAGCAUGCAUCUUUCACAUGUCCCUGGAGCGAGAUGCCUAUGUCCAAGCCCUAGCCAGGUUUACCCUAUUGAACGCCAACUCGCCCAUAAACGAGAUGAAGGCCAAGAAUAUCGACACCAUCAAGACGCUCAUUAUGGUUGCCCAUACGGACGGCAAUUACCUGGGCAGCAGCUGGCUGGAUAUAGUUAAGUGCAUUAGCCAGCUUGAGCUGGCUCAACUAAUUGGCACUGGUGUCCGACCCCAAUUCCUUUCCGGGGCUCAGACCACACUCAAGGAUUCGCUUAAUCCUAGCGUAAAAGAGCACAUCGGCGAGACGAGUAGCCAGAGCGUGGUGGUCGCUGUCGAUCGUAUUUUCACUGGCUCCAUGCGACUUGAUGGAGAUGCCAUCGUGGACUUCGUAAAAGCUCUAUGCCAAGUCUCGGUGGAUGAACUGCAGCAGCAGCAACCGAGAAUGUUCUCAUUGCAGAAGAUAGUGGAAAUCAGUUACUAUAACAUGGAACGUAUUCGUUUGCAAUGGUCACGUAUUUGGCAAGUUCUGGGCGAGCAUUUCAAUGCGGUCGGAUGCAACAGCAACGAGGAAAUCUCCUUUUUUGCCUUGGACUCACUGCGUCAGCUGUCCAUGAAGUUCAUGGAGAAGGGCGAGUUCAGUAAUUUCCGUUUCCAGAAGGAUUUUUUGCGUCCCUUCGAGCACAUUAUGAAGAAAAAUGCGUCGCCGGCUAUUCGAGACAUGGUGGUGCGCUGUAUUGCACAGAUGGUAAACUCACAGGCUCAUAACAUCCGUUCCGGCUGGAAGAAUAUCUUCAGCAUUUUCCACCUGGCAGCGGGAGAUCACGAAGAACCAAUUGUAGAGCUGGCCUUCCAGACAACUGGAAAGAUCAUUGGGGAUUUGUACAAGCGCCAGUUCGCCAUCAUGGUAGACUCGUUCCAGGACGCAGUUAAGUGUCUAUCAGAGUUUGCCACCGCUAGAUUUCCCGAUACCAGCAUGGAAGCAAUACGCUUGGUGCGCACCUGCGCGCAAUGCGUCCAUGAGGCACCACAACUAUUCGCGGAGCAUGCCGGCAUGGAGAAUGAUGCCUCGGUGGCGGAGGAAGACCGUGUAUGGGUACGUGGCUGGUUUCCAAUGCUGUUCUCGCUUUCAUGCGUGGUUAAUCGGUGCAAACUUGAUGUGCGAACUCGAGCAUUAACAGUGUUGUUUGAGAUUGUCAAAACUUAUGGAGAGAGCUUCAAACCAAACUGGUGGAAAGAUCUAUUCAAUGUAAUUUUCCGCAUAUUCGACAACAUGAAGUUACCAGAGCACAUCACCGAGAAGUCCGAGUGGAUGACGACCACCUGUAAUCACGCCUUGUACGCUAUUAUUGAUGUCUUUACGCAGUACUUCGAUGUGCUGGGACAUUUGUUGCUGGAGGAGCUUUUCGCCCAAUUACACUGGUGCGUACAGCAGAGCAAUGAGCAGUUGGCUAGAUCUGGCACCAACUGCCUAGAGAACCUUGUCAUUUCGAACGGCUUUAAGUUCAACGAGUCCACAUGGGACAAGACCUGUCAGUGCAUCCUGGAUAUCUUUAACGCAACGUUGCCACAAGACCUUCUUAGUUGGCGGCCGAAAGCACAUUCCAGUAACAAUUUACCCCAGGAGCAUAACCACUUCGAAGCGCUGCACAUUCGUUGCGUUGUGCAGCUUGAACUGAUACAGACCAUGGACAACAUUGUCUUUUUCCCGGCAACAUCGCGGAAAGAGGAUGCCGAAACACUGGCCCAGGCGGCAGCUGACUUAACCGGCGGAAGGAACGGAUCACAGUCGCAGCUCCUUGAAUGCCAGCGAGAAGAGCAGGGUAUGUACGGAUAUUUGAGGACACGACAGCUGCUCACAUUGGCCGACUGUUUGAUGCAAUCACAUCGGUUCGCCAAACGCUUCAAUGCCGACCACGAUCAGCGUAGUCUGCUGUGGCGGGCAGGAUUCAAGGGAUCCGUGAAGCCGAAUCUGCUUAAACAAGAGACUUCUUCACUGGCCUGUGUCCUGCGCAUAUUCUUUAAGAUGUACGGCGAUGAGAACAGACGCAGUGACUGGCCAGGCAUCGAGCAGGAGCUGGUGCAGGUCUGCAAGGAGGCACUAGGCUACUAUCUGAGUUUGCAGAGUGAGGCUCACCGCGAUGCUUGGACAUCGCUUUUACUGCUCAUCCUGACGCGCCUGCUUAAGAUGUCUGAUGCAAGGUUUGCCACCCACGUUUCCAACUACUAUGGCCUGCUGUGCGAGAUGAUGUGCUUCGACCUCAAGCCCGAACUGAGAAGUGUCCUUAGGCGUGUGUUCAUGCGCAUCGGUCCAGUAUUUAAUAUAAUGAGCGUUAAAUAGUCACGGAGGAGCCUCAGCCACCAGGCUAGUUGACUCGGCCAUGUUAAUAGUUCGAUCCUCCCAGAAUCCCCUCAAAUCCUAGUUCAUAGAGCACCCUUUCGGUUCCCUCGGCUUUGUUGUUAUGUUGGCACUUAAUCAUACAUACAAGUAUAUAUAUAUUUUUAUUAUAUUUAUAAACAAUACAUAGGCAGAAUGUAAUGUUUAUUAGGUUUAACAAGAAAUGUUGUUGUUUUUAUAAAUAUUUGCAUACUAAUAUGGGUAUGCUAAAUAAGGCUUUAAUGUGUGCGUGUGUAUAGUUUCCUUCAGUUACGAAUUUGGAUUUUGUUUUCCCCGGUGUAACCACACUUUAACAUUCACCUAUUAUCUAUUAGUGUGUAGCGUAAAUACCGAUUAAACCAGCAUUAUGUAAAGCCUGUAUAUUGCUAGUGUUAAUUUAAAUCAAAAUCUAUAUAAAUAUAUAUUUCAAAUAUACAAUAUAAUUAUAUUACCAA